AUGUACACCACACUCUCAACCGUGCUGUCCCUCCUUGUCGUCCUCUCUGGCCUAUCAGCUGCAACCCCUGUCGAGCGCACCCCAUCCAGUUGGCCCUGGACACACUGGGCCCCCAAGCUCCCAAUCACACAUUAUCCUCGUCCUUUCUGGUUUCCAAGCCUCCCACCACCAAGAUGGCCCUACCCUAUUCCUCCUGUCUCACCGCACCCACCGGGUAACCCGAAUGCGCCUGGGUUCCCGGAAUGUGCAAACCAGUUCUAUGUCAACACGUCCGCCCUACCCCUGAUCAACUUCGAACUUCCGGGCACGUGGGCUGGGUUGCUCCCUGUGAGCCAGUCCCCGAGUGAGACGAAGAAGCUGUUCUUCUGGUACUGGCCCAGCACGGCCAGCGGAGGAAGCGAGAGCUUGACGAUCUGGCUUAAUGGCGGUCCGGGCUGCUCGAGCUUGACGGGGUUCCUUAUGGAAAACGGCCCCAUAAGCUGUAAAUCGGGCGAUGCACCCGUCCUCAAUCCAUACGGAUGGACGACUGCGAGCGACAUGAUCUAUAUCGAUCAGCCUGUAGGAACGGGGUACAGCGUUGGCACGAACGACAUUACCACGAUGACGCAGCUUGCCGACCAGUUCUACGGUUUCUUAGAGAACUUUUACGAAAACUUCCCCGCCCUCCUGCAGAAACCCCUUACUCUAGCCGGCGAGUCCUACAGCGGCAAAUACCUGCCCUAUAUCGCCCAACGCAUCCUCUCCACCCCCUCCGUCCUCCCUAUCAAGCUCAACGAUCCCGCUGCCGCUUACGCAAAGGAGUUCCAGUCGGCCCUCAUGCUCUCAGACGACGUCGUCUCCCAGCUGGUGAACCUGUCCUCUUCCUGCGGGUACGACAGUGUCAUGUCGCAGAUCACCUACCCUCCGCAUGGGCUGAUCAACAUCCCUGCAGACGCAUAUACAGAUGCGUGUGACACGUGGGACUACAUGCUCUACUCCUGCGGUAACCCCUGCUUGAGCCCAUACAACGUGGACGACACCUGCCCUCUAGGAGCCGACAACACCCCAGCAUACUUCUCAAGACCGGACGUGAUGCAGCUCCUGCACGUGCCGAACAUGACGUUCAACGAGUGUAACCCGAACGGAGUGUUCGCUACUUCCGACGGGUACGACACGAGCGCGUACAGCGAGACGCUCCUCCCCGCGCUGCUCCCUCAUCUGCCUAGGGGCAUCACCAUCGAGCACGGGUAUAUGGAUGCGUUGUUGAUCUAUACAGGUGACCGGAUAUGGCUGCAGAACAUGACUUGGGGCGGGAAGCAGGGGUUCCAGACCGCACCGGGGAGCAGUAUUGCGAGCAUUGAUGGGGAGGGCGGGGGCACGUACGCAAACGAGAGGGGGAUCACGUACGUCGAGCUUCCCGGGGCUGGGCAUCUGAUACCGUAUGACCAGCCGGCGACAGCGCUGCAUAUAUUCAAGUAUGUGCUAGGGCAGGGGUCACUGUAG